AAUGUGUUUGGACGAGGUAGUUUCAGUUGGCGGUGUGUAGCACCCAGAAGCAUGGCUCCUAUUUCGGUUAAAGAUAUAGAUGGACACGUGUUCAUCAAAACACUAGCUCAGUUCCUGAAGAAAUCCGGCAAAGUGAAGUUACCCGAUUGGACUGACGUUGUCAAGCUGUCAGCAGCCAACCAGCUGGCACCAUAUGAUCCCGAUUGGUUCUAUGUGCGUUGUGCUGCUGUUCUUCGACACCUGUACAUCAGACCAUCUGGACUAACUGGUCUUAGCAAGGCAUUCUCUCGGAAAAAACGCAAUGGUGUUAGACCAUCUCACCGAUCCCUGGCACAUGGAUCAGUCAUUCGGAAAGCAAUUCAACAAAUGGAGGCACUUGGGUUUUGUCAAAAGCGUGAGAAUGGGUAAGUUAGUAUUCAUCGAAUAAGUGUAGUGCAACAGGCUUCUCGCGUUCAGACUACUGUCAUAUCUGAUUGGAAGCGAUUUAUAGUAUGCUUAUUACAGCGGUUAUUGUUUUAACUUUCCCCUCCAAGAUAUUUCAGUGUCUUACAUGAGUGUAAAAUAAUCCAAGGGUCCUUUAUACCGUCUUGUUACGUAGUAGCACGGUAGCUUGGUCCCUCUUUAUCGAUAACUUGUGGUGAGUGCGAGAACAAGUUGUAUUGGACCCUCAAUAAAGACACAAAUUCGCGCAACUAAAAGUCUACGAUUGAGCUGGAAGUAUAUGUAGGAAACCACUACUGUAUGUGCACCGGUAACGCCGCAGCAUGUGAUAGUGAAGUAGCGGACUUUUCAUUUCUAAGUCACAAUGUUCUGUUUAGAAUUUCAGUUAUAAGGAUGGUAGGCCAUUUGGCCUGUGUUAAUCCUUGCAGAAGAUAUUUCUGUGAAAAUCUAGUUUCUCAUUGAACGCGCUGACUGAAGGCGCUGAUACCACUUGCUGAGGUAAGUAGUUCCAGUCGUUGACAUGAUGGGAGAAACGCAGAUUCUUGCUAAGUUGAUUCGAUCGCGGUUUUUAAAUUUUCUUGUGAUGCCCUCCGAGAUAGUCAUUUUUAGUAGGGGGGAAAAGAUGAAACAUAACAGUACCGAAGUCAUUAAGAAUACGAAAUGCCAGUACUGGAUCACCUCGUUUCCUACUGUGAGACAGGGGGAAUAAGUUUAGCUGAUCUAGUCAUUCCUCACAGGACAGAUUCGAAAGGACUGUCACAAGCUAAGUCCCUUUUGAACACGCUCAGGUACAUCAGCAUUCUUCUUAGGCAUGGGCUAGCCGCAUGAACGCACAAAUCCAAGUGAGGUCAAGCGCAAGUAGAAUAGAGUAUUAUAAUGUCUUGGUAAUAAUAUUUGGAAGCUCUGCGGAUAGACCAUAACACGCGGAAGCCUUUUGCUACAGCUGCCGAGGUUUUCAAAUCAUGACUAGUGAUGACACCCAAUUCUUCUAGUUCAAAGGUUGGGAUAAGUGUUGUACCAUCAACGGAAUACUGGGAACAGUUUCUGUAACUAAUUUUUAUUAUUCCACCUUUGUUGGAGUUGAUUUCCAGGCACCAACGUUUGGACCAACCUACUAGUUCAUCUAAAUCCUCCUGAAGUGCAUACCUAUCUGCAUCACUACGUCCACAUGCUUCCAAGUAACUUCGCGUGCGUGCCACAAAUUUGUACUGACUGCAUGCGGAUUCCUUCGAGCAAAAAAGUCAUUGCGUUAGUGAUAGUGGGCUGAUGUCUUGAUUCACCUUUCGUUGUGUCCUGGUCACUUUACACAGAUGAAGUCCCACUGGUUUCCUGUGUACUGAAAGCCCCCUGUAUUGGUUCAGAAAUGACUUCGCAUUAUCCCAAACAAGACUAAAUGUACGACAUACCAAGCCUGCUGUACCAGAUUUUUCUAUCUUAAUAUGCUAUUCAUCCUAAAUACUAUAAGUUGGAUUCUGUUUUUCACUGACUAUCUAUGAUCGACUAAUACUGCCCUCAUAACUUAUCCAAAAAGUAAUAUUCAGAGCAAAUUUCUUUAUUUGCUGCAUAAAAUGGAUCUUAUCUCUUUAUUCCUUUUAGUAAGCGCUGUUUAAAGUAUCGAUUUUACUGAUUGUAUUUGACUUGUGAAUCCCCCGUUUUCACCUAUCUUUAUGAUUUGUUUUCAGUGGAAGGUGUCUAACAUCUGCUGGAAGGCGGGAUUUGGAUAGAUUAGCCUAUCAAAUUUCAAGAGAACGUCGCUAAUGCAUUCAAAUACAUUCUUUUGGCAUAACUAUGUCUUUUUAAUUGGGAUCGAAAUUGCAUGUACGCGAGAUCUUAUUAGUUUCCUCCGCUGGACUUGAAUGUUAGCAGUCUGCGUCGUGACAUUUAACGCUCGAUAACAUGAAUUAGAAAAGCAUGUUGACCUCUUUGUUCCAGCUGCUGCUUCCGCGCUAAAUACUUCUAAGCGACCAAACGGAUCUUUAGUCGCUUGUUAACUUCAGGCUUAGAUAGACAUUGAAAAUUAUUUCCGGAUUAGGGUUCUGCGAUGAGACCCAGAAAGUGCUUUUAACGUGCUUUUUCACGUCGUGUCGUUACGUUGAUUCGUGGUAUUACGAACCUAUUUAUGAGCCUGUCUAGAAGGCUACAUACAUCUCAGCUGUUCGCAUAGUCUAGUUCCUCAUGGGGUUCGUCUUGUCCCUUCCGUGAUGGUCAUGGCUGUCGAGGUGGUCGUAGCUUCUACUAUUCCGCAGUGAUAGCGUAAGUAAUGCCUUGUAACGGUUUUACAUGUUCGGCGUACUUAUCCUGUGACGGAACACGGUUGGUACUUGGUCUCUGUAGUAUUCUCUUCGAAUCACCCCUUUAGGAAGGGCAUCUAUUAUCUAGUGCAUCGCCUUUACUUUUGGAAAGUGCUAGACUUACGCAAUGGUUACUGCGAAAACAAGCUGGUUGGACUGCGAAUUGUAGUACAAUUUAGCGUCUCCAAGUGGUUUUGUGAUAGAACGCUAUGACAAUGGGGAACUGAUAUGUGCUUUCGACCAACAGGCGUAAGUCGUGGGACCGCGGAUGUAGCGAAACAGGCAAGCAGUAAGGGUUAAGUUUGAACUUAGAGGUAGUUUAUCUAGCUGAAGGGAGUUUCUUCAGAUCGGCAGUCAGUACGGGAGAUGUUUUCGGAGGGAAGCGGGGUUUUCCGUUGGUAGAAUGAAGUAGCGCGGAAGUCAAAACAUUUCCAGCUAGGUGCUACGUCUAUACCUCCGCUUCGGCUUUUGUUAUCAAAACUAUGCCAGCAAUCUGGAAUAAGUUUCUGAUUCUCCGUAGAUCAUAACCGUUGCAAACAGAUAUGAUUCAUUAUUUCUAUUACAUGAAGAGACUUUUCAGUCUCUACGGAAUAUGGUAAGUGGGUAACAUGGAGGACCAGUCGUGACAAAUCUGAGUUCCGCGAAAGGGAGUAGAAUUUAUCCAGAAGAGUGCAAAAGAACCUCAAAAGUAGCUUGAAGUAAGUUGAUUAAAGGUGUAGACAGUUUUAACAGCGGGUGUUUAUGUCGAAAGCAACCGAGAAUUCCCACUUAGGUAUAUGCAGCAAAAUAUCGAGACUGAUAUGAAGAUAAUGAUCGUUUACUUUCAGUACAAUUAGCCGCUCUUAAAAUGAAAUACGUGAGUGCAGAACAUCCCAGCAAAACCAUCCACAUGGUUUCAACUUGAUACUCAGGUACCUGCAAUACAUUCAAGUGGUUUGUGGGCACUUAGCUGCAUUCAUGCUGAAUGGUGACGCAUAUUUGAUACUCGAAAUAACCAGGUUUCCCAAAGGAAUCCGACUAACCUAAUAGCGUGCUUAUCAUCGUCCCACUUCCCUAGGAAAGAAAGUGGGAGCUGUGGUUCGUAAGUUCGGGAAGGUGGCUUUCAGGUAAUAGGUCGCGAGUUGGGACACCGCUGCAUCUACGUGGUUUGGGGAGCUUGGUCGUAUCAUUAGCCUUCAUAUAAUAGGCGUGGUUCAUUGACUACUUCACGAAUGUGCGCAAGAUUGCUGAGUGCAUUUCAUUCCCUUCUGUAUCCUACUUGAAAUAACAUCCCCUAAGUCCGAUUAUUUCUCCUGCUCAACGACAACAGCACUUUUGAGACCGGAUUUCGAACCUCAUUCAUGACUGUAUAAAAGCUUGUGGGGAGUUCUCAUUGUUCCUGAUCUAUGAAGUUAUUUUCAUUGGAGGGAUCUACUCCUGCUACUAUUCCAGGGUUCAAUUUUGUCAACGUAUGAUACUAGGAGUGACGGUUUCCGUAAUCAUCUGAUACCUGAGACGAUGGUCCCAGAUAAACUCGAACUACAAAAGGAGAACCAGUGGUUGUCUGGAAUCUCAUGAAAGGACAACCACAAAGCUGAGCAGCCCACCAUGGUACCUGCGACUGCAAGGUUAAAGUGAUGCAGACAAAAAACCUCUUGCUCCUAUCUCAAAGCAAAGCUGUGGAAAGGUUGCUUGGAUGUAGAUUUCGAGGCUAAGCUUCACUGUAGAAAAGGAUGUCGGUUGAUACGGUUUUCACUUCGAUCCAAACGAGUUGCUGCAACACGUUGAGUCAAUGCAUAUUUCGUUGUGAAAUGUUGCUGGCAUAUUAGGAGAAAAGAUGAAAACACCAGGUGGCCAUUCAAAGGUGAUAUAUUAUCCCGUGAAACUUUGAAAUGACAGUGAGUCGCACGGAACAAUAACCCUAGUUAACUAGAUUAAUAAAGUGGAAAUAAAUGUAUACAUAACUGUAAAGUCCUGUAAGUGAGUUCAGGCUGUCACCACUCAGAGCGCAGAAAUAAGAGAAGGAUUCAGAAUCAGGAAAUAUGUUUGGAAUUUCCACAACCAAUCUGUUUUCGCAAGUGGCAACGAAAAAUUGUCUGCAAUGAGAAUUUAGGAGUAGCAAUACUGUAGUUGACCCUUCUGAGUUUACGAUCGUAACUCUAUAUCACUAAAAAUAUUUUUAACGGACAAUAGCCCGCGUGUUUUAGUUGGGCCUCUGUAAGACACCUGGCAUAUUGUAUCAACGAAUUCGUUGUCUAUCGUCAUCCACACCUAACGAGAAACUGUACCACAGGAAAAGCUACAUGAAUUGCUAAAAGAAGGAGCAUAGGAGUGCAUUCCAUUCGAACGAAUCACAUUUUUCACUACAUGCAAAACUGCACUGCAGUAAGUGUAGUACUGGUAGACACAACUUUGCUUUGGUAAAUACAAAAUUCUAUAUUAUAUACAAAGAAAAUUUACGCAAUACAUAACCGGUAAUGCGCAUUUACAAGCAUCACUAAAAACGCUUCGAAUAAGCCUGAUUCGCCAAAAAAAGGCAGCACCAUAAAAGUCCAAGCUCAGCAUUGUCGCGAUGACUGAGUAUUUGGAUCAGCAUGUGGGUGUCGUAGAAGAACAGAUGAGGACCAUUCUUGUCCUGGUCCUUUAGUAUCUAAGGUAAAUAAACGACAAACAGUACGAUAUAGAAACAAAUUAGUUUGAAUGAAACAAAAAGGACUGACUAAGCUGUUUCUUCAACAUUUCAAAACUCAGUUUUCAAUAAACUGGCUACAUGCAGUAGCGGAACGUUGCAACACAACUCAUAAUGAUUUCUAAACAUUUUUAUUUACUGCGACUAUGCUGUUUUGACACUAUCUUCGAAUAUAUCAAGUGGUUCCUUAUGCAAGACAUCGCGACGUACAAUUAAGGGGAUAAGGAGAAGAACCAACGAUUUUAUUAGCCAUUGAAGCGAUCAACAACAAUAGAUUAUAAAUAUAUGACACAGAAUUCUUUAUGAAUUUCAUGAAAUAGCAAAUAAGAUGAUUUAAAGGAAUCUGAUUAACGACAAAUCCAUUUGUUGUGAUAAUUCAGAAAACAGUAACUGGAUCAUAAACGAAACAGCAUCACAAAUAAAUCAAGAUAUACAUUCAUCACUUCCUUUUCGGCUUUCUGUAGAUGAUGCUAGAACCUAGUGGACACCGCCUUUAGCUUAACCAUAUCUGAUAAUGUCUCUAUUCACUGGAGUCGCAUAAUCUUUGAGAUCUGAUCCAGGAAUGACGAAAUGAAGCCUCUGGGUAUUACCUUGGCACAACUAUCCUUUAUCCCACGUUCGCACCACUGGUCACCAUUUAGCUUCUCCCACCCAUUCCGAGGUUUAGCAGACAGUGAAUGGUGUGCGAACACUCAAUAAAUAACACGUCUCAACUCGUAAAACUGGUGUUUUAAGGUGACACUGGACAACGAACGAUAAUCUCCAACACAACCAAUCUCACACCUCGGCACCUCAUGAUUACUUGCACACUGUCAAAUGCGAGCAAUCCUACGGAGACAACCGUUAUGCAUACAGAGUUGUCAGACAUCCUGGAUCAUAUAAACUAGAUUUGAGAAGGGUACGGCAAGGCUACUUAGACGAGGCCUUUUGCAUAUCACUUUCCACAGCCAGCCCAAAGUCACGACGAUGUCGAAAGUGACGGGAAGGACAUGCUGCUAUUCUUUUCCAUAAACAAGC